AUGGCGAACACACAAUACCACCAAAACGGAGGCCUUUACGGACCGCCAAUCCAAGCUCCGGUGAAAACCUACCACAGUCACGGUCGACGCGGCGGUGGCACAGGUUGCGGAAUCUGUAACUGCUGCUUCGAUUGCCUCGUUUGUUGCGGUAGUUGUCUCGUAAGCAUCGUCUGCAAUAUCCUCAUUGGUGUAGCUGUUUUCCUUGGAGUCGUCGCUUUAAUCCUCUGGUUUAUCUUCCGACCAAACGUCGUGAAAUUCCAAGUCGCAGAAGCCAAUUUAACGCGAUUCGAAUUCGACACACAAAGCAAUAACCUCCAUUACAAUCUCUCGAUGAAGUUCUCCAUCCGUAACCCUAACCAACGUCUCGGGAUUCGCUACGAGCAGUUAGAAGCGAAGGGUUACUACGGGGACCAGCGAUUCGCCGCCGUGAAUAUGCCGUCGUUUUACCAGGGACAGAAGAAUACGACGGUGGUCGGAACAGAGUUUAAUGGACAGAGUCUGGUUUUGUUAGGUCACGGUGGCCGGAGCGAUCUAAGGGAAGAUCAGAAGUCUGGGGUUUACAGGAUCGACUUGAAGCUAAGGUUUAAGAUAAGGUUUAAGUUUGGGCUUUUAAACUCAUGGGCCUUUAGGCCCAAGAUUAAAUGUCAUCUAAAGGUUCCGUUGAGUUCCUCUAGUUCUAGCGGAGGGUUUCAGUUUCAUCCCACCAAGUGCCACGUUGACCUCUGA